UUUGAUUUAAUAUAAUUGUUGUAAGAAAAAUAAUAAAAUUUGAGUUGUGCUAUUUUCCAUAAAUGACUUCUGUUUGCGGUGCUUUUGUAGAAAGAAUAUGAACUUCGGUUUUGAUGCAACUCUUAGAAAUUGUAAUGCAUUGUGGAUUAUGAAGCUGAUUCUAUGUAAAUGGAUAUCAGCUUGAUGCCUUUCUUGUAAUCAUGCUUAUUUUGAAUUUAAAUUUUUGUAGAGAAAGCUUUUUGUGAGAGCCAUUCAAGAGCUAUGGCAGUGGUGGUCGCAGUUAUUGCGUGUGGUGGUGGAUACAGAGGAGGAGGAGGCGGUGGUGAUGGUGCUUGCUACAGCUGCGGUGGUAGGUACAACGGCGGAGGCGGUGGUGGAAGCUGUAACAACUGUGGGUAUUCUGGGCUUUUGCAAGGGACUACCCAACAAGCUCUCGCUGAAAAAUAUUUGCAUUCGAUGUUGAUCUUGAUGGUCCAAAAGUUAGAAUUCCUCUCAGAUCUCGUGGUUCAGCCAGAUGUGAUAGUCAUUUUCUUUUGGACUUUGGUCAUUUUACACUACACACUGCGGAAAGCCAGUCUGAUGAGCAGAGGCAUAAUCUUUAUUCUCGAUUUUACAUAUCAGGACGUGAUUUUGCUGCCUUUUUUACGGACUGUGGCUCUGAUUUUGGGAGUUGUAGUUUGGUUAAACCAACUCAUGAUAGUCAAAUAAUAAGCUCACCAUGGGCCAAAGAAGCUGAUAAUGUGUAUUCUGUCAUUGAUAGGUGUGGAAUGGCAGUACUUGUUAAUCAGAUUAAAGUGCCUCAUCCAAGUUACCCAUCGACAUGUAUAUCCAUUCAAG